AUGACAGUGAGUUUGAUAAUUGAAGAUGCUACCUAUUACGGCAAAACGCCAGCAACUCAAGUUCUUUGCGCCGGCAGAAGCGUCCUCACGGCUCAGGAUUCCUUGUUUGAGAAGUCAACAACUCUCACGAAGUGUCAGACUCCAAAUCGCAGUGUUCGACGAGUAGUAUGUGGAGAUGGCCGGGAGAGCAAGUCUGUAUCCGUGCCUGCCCCAGUUGGGACUGUGCAACGCAGCAGAGCUGACAUCAGAGCAUACCCUUCCAAGGCAAAGCAGGAGAUGAGGCUCAAAGAAUGGCCCCCAGUCGACCAGACGAGUCUAGCAUACGCUCGAAGCCUGAUAGAUUCCUCCAUUUCUCACGUGGGGUCUAGAAUACAUCUGUUGGCGCGGAUAGGCCGAAAGGCCCAUGUGAAGCGAAGAGUGUGUGGAAUUUCGUUCGGGGGCCUCGGGGCCUUUUGUGAGCCAAGCUCCUAUUGGAGGCGAGUACGAAGACACUAUAGGAUGUCGGCGGAAGGAUUGAUCGUCACAGUUACCACGGGGCAUCGUGGGCAUGUCUGGGCCAGCGUGUGCGUCGUCGUGUGUGCGUGUUGGGCGCGCGCGAGUAUUCAGUCAGAGAGAGCAAGGGGUAGAGUAAAGGAGCCAACUCUUCGACAUCCAGGCCCAAAGACAAAGUCUAUGAGCUUAGCCGGAAGGCUAGUCAGAGGCUUACAAACUCAGCCUUAA